AUGCGUCUGUGUCAGAGCAUGAUUAAUUACUUCCCUGAGGAAGUAUUGGAGCACGUCUUCGAUUUCCUUACUUCUCAUGAGGACCGAAAUGCGGUUUCCCUGGUGUGCAAGUCGUGGUACAGUGUGGAAAGGUUCAGCAGGGAGAAGGUCUUUAUUGGCAACUGCUAUGCCAUCAGCCCCAAGCGGUUGAUUGCGAGGUUCCCUAGGCUCAGGUCGUUGACCCUCAAGGGGAAACCCCAUUUUGCCGAUUUCAAUCUGGUGCCCCAAGAUUGGGGCGGUUAUGUGUACCCCUGGAUUGAUGCCAUGGCCAGGAGCGGAAUACAUCUGGAGGAGCUGAGAUUGAAGAGGAUGGUGGUGUCUGACGAGAGCCUCGAGCUGCUUGCGAGGUCUUUCCCCAAUUUCAAGUCUUUGGUGUUGGUCAGCUGUGAGGGGUUCACAACCGAUGGUCUUGCUGCCAUAGUAUCCAGUUGCAGGUUUCUCAGGGAGCUCGACUUGCAGGAAAAUGAAGUAGAUGACCGCAAGGGCCUAUGGCUCAGCUGUUUCCCCGAGACUUCCACCUCUCUUGUCUCAUUGAAUUUCGCAUGCCUCAAGGGAGAAGUCAAUGUGGCGGCCCUUGAGAGGCUGGUGUCGAGAUGCCCUAACCUCAGAAGCCUGAGGCUAAACCACAUGGUCCCACUGGAUGCUCUCCAGAGAAUACUAGUGAACGCACCUCAGCUGAACGACUUAGGGACGGGUUCUUUCGUUCACGAUCCCGAUUCAGAUGUUUGCAACAAGCUCCAAAAUGUCCUCCGGAAGUACGCAUCCAUCAGAAGCCUUUCCGGAUUUCUGGAUGUCAACCCUCGCUGCCUGCCUUCUAUAUACCCAAUCUGCAUGGACCUGACUUCCCUGAACUUGAGCUAUGCGCUGGGAAUAUUCAGCAAUGAGCUAAUAAAACUAGUCUGCUACUGCAAGAAUUUAGAGCGCCUAUGGAUUCUGGAUACGAUCGGGGACAAAGGGCUAGAUAUUGUGGGGUCCACAUGCAAAGAACUUCAGGAGCUAAGAGUUUUCCCAUCCGACCAGUAUGAAUACGGCGUGACUGAAGAAGGGCUGGUCGCAAUCUCAUCCGGCUGCCCGAAGCUCAACUCGCUACUCUACUUCUGCCAGCAGAUGACCAACGCUGCCCUUACUACAGUGGCCAAGAACUGCCCGAACUUCAUCCGCUUCCGUCUCUGCACACUCAACCCAACCGUGCCAGACGCUACCAACGGCCUCCCGCUAGAUGAGGGCUUCGGUGAAGUCGUUCGCACGUGCCGGGGACUGAGGCGGCUCUCGGUCUCGGGUCUGCUGACCGACCGGGUGUUCUUUUACAUAGGGAAGCACGCCAAGAAUCUGGAGAUGCUGUCGGUAGCGUUUGCAGGGAACAGCGACAAGGGGAUGAUGUACGUGCUCAGUGGGUGUAGGAAGUUGAGGAAGCUCGAGAUUAGGGACAGCCCGUUUGGGGAUGGUGCGCUGCUGGCGGACGUGGGGAAAUACGAGACAAUGCGAUCCCUUUGGAUGUCGUCGUGUGAGGUGACGCUAGGGGCGUGCAGGGAGCUGGCUGGGAGGAUGCCGGGGCUCAACGUGGAGAUCAUCGACGAAUGUGGGGCACACGAUGGGGAGGAGGGUGGUGGUGCAAAGGUGGAGAAGAUGUACUUGUACAGGACGCUGGUGGGCCCACGUGGGGAUGCACCGGAGUUUGUGCGGACGCUGUAG